CUAUUGUGAAGGCCUGACAAAAUAGUUGACUCGGGAAGUGAUUAUCUGGUUAAACUGUAGUAGGAAUGACAUGCUUUUGUGUAUUUUCAUUUUAAAAAGUUAACUACAGUAUAACAAUGGCAACACUGUCCAUACUACCAUCAAUAUAGUAAUAUGUACAUUUAAGGGAAACGUAAUUAUGUUAUGAAAACGUGUAGCACUUGCAUGGCAUAGAUACUCGUGUUAGUCAUAGACUUUAGUGUUCGUUCAAUGUCAUCUAGUCUAGUGCGCAGUGAGCUAAUUUAGCUAGCUGCUGUAGCUAUUUGCUUGCCGGCUAGCUUCUCAAUGAUAAUGUGAAAGGAUUUUGGUCAUACCCGGGACAGAAAUAAUGAUUUGGUGGGCUGUAAGUUAGCUGACUGACUGURCUGCCAGGACUGGACCCAGCCCUGAAUAUAACUCUGUACUUCAGCGCUGUCGACUAGGGCCUACAGAAUGUGUGUUUCAAAAGCCCCAUGGCCCCAUUUCACUGUCUCCAUUGGCUGGGUAGUCCCCGUCUCAUCUGUGGCCCCUUCCCGGUCUCUACAAGCGUCAAGGUGGGUGACCCAGUGCUACGAAUCCAGGCUGCAGUGGUGGACCCUGGGACCGGAGGUUCAGGAGGUGAUCCGCACCAUGCUCUGGAGUUCCCAGAGCGCAUGUUGGAUCACAGCUUGCCUGCUGCACAUGAAGUCUGCGGUCUCACCACUGUGCCUCUGYGGAUCUUCAUCAACCACCAGCUGCGGGUCCUGGAUGGGCGCACUGUUAAGUUCCAGGAGGCAUGUGAGAGCAUCUCAGGGUUCUCAGCCACUGUUCCACACUACCUCUCUGUGGAAGUCCCGGGCCUGAAUGAGAAGGCAGAGCCUGUGACCUGGCAAGUGAGCGGAUGGCCCGCACGCAUCCUACAGCAUGAGAUGGAUCACUUGGAUGUAGUCUGGUACAUUGACCGCAUGGACAGUAAAACCUUCAACGUGAAAGGGCAGCACAGAACGAGUAGCAGUUUCAAACUAACCUUGUCACCCUGAUUGAGCACUACAACAACUUCUUGGACAUAAUAUAGCAACAGAUCAUGAAAAAACCUUUCUUACUGAUUCUUUAUUAAUACAUGUAUUUAUGAAGGCAGAUUUGUAGUCUGAAUGAAUAUUGAAUUAUCUUGGAAGUUGUUUCAAAUGUCCACAAACAUUAAGGAGCUGAAAUAUUGACUCAAUUGUGGACUGUCACCUGAGUGGUAUACUACGAUGCUAGGUUUUCUAAAGCUAGCUAGCUUCACAUUACAGCUCAGGCUUCAUCCGUAUUACGACAGUGGAUAUUGCUCAYUUGACGUGUGCAUGCCGCACACCGUACUCAUUGAGACAAUACUGAAACGUCCAUCCUUGGGCAUUUUCAUUUUUUCUGAAAUCAACAUUUUCUUAAAUUUAUCAGGCUAUGGUGUGAAAUAGGCAAUUAGAAGUUGUGUAUUUUAUGCUGUCAUUGGUGUGCACAAGCACCUUUAAAUAAUUGUAUGAAGUCAUACAAGUUUUA